AUGUGGUCCUACUUCUUCGGUGGUAACGACAAGAACUCCUUUAAUAACUCCUCCUCCAAGAGCAAAGAGUUACCGAAAAAAGCUAUAAUAGAACUCAGGGAACAUAUCAAUCUCUUAACAAAGAAACAGUCCUUCCUAGAGACACAAAUAUUAAACCAAUCUAAUGAUGCUCGUGCCUUUUUGAACAAGGGCAAUAAGAUCCAGGCUAAGAAUUCAUUGAAGAAGAGGAAAAUUUACGAGAAUCAAAAGGAAAAGAUUGAUUCACAAAUUGAAUCAUUAGAACAACAAUUAUUCUCUAUAGAAUCUGCUAAUUUGAAUUUGGAAACAAUGAAGGCAAUGAAACAAGGUGCUAUGGCAAUGAAAACUAUUCAUAAGGGUAUAAAUAUUGAUAAAGUGGAUGAAACAAUGGAUGAAAUUAGAGAUCAAGUAGAAUUAAGUGAAGAAAUAAGUGAAGCCGUGUCAAGACCUGUGAUGACUUCAAUGAAUGAUAUUGAUGAGGAUGAAUUAGAUGAAGAAUUAGAUAUGUUGGCACAGGAAUCAAAUUUGAAUGAAUCUUUGAACGUGAAGGAACCAAUACCACAACAACAACAAAAGAAUAAAGUGGAACUACCAAAUGUCCCUAAUAAUAAGAUAGAAGAACCUCCAAAAGAACAAGAGGAGGAAGAAGAAGACGAGGAUGAAAGAGCUCUAAGAGAGCUACAAGCUGAAAUGGGGCUUUGA